AUGAACGUGAAGUCCUGCACGGUCAGGAGUUGGAGGAAGGGAGUUGAAGGACCUGCGACAGGCCAUGGAGCGCCACUACCAGCCAAAGAAGCUGGUAAUGGAGCGUUUUGGCCUAAUGUCGAGGGUCCAGAAGGCAGGACAAGCCCUGCAUGGGUAUUACGCGAAGCUGCAGAAAGCAGCGAAUACAUGCAGCUUCGGCGAGAUCAAAAACCACCGGGGUGCGGUGGUAACUAUGGUUCUCCUCGGGGGAUUACUCUCGGUGGAGACGAGGAAGCGAGUGUCGGAGAAACAAGACCUGACAUCAAAGGAGGCAUUGAAACAGGCUGAGGCCUUCGAGCGAGUCGGGGAAGCAAUCUGCAUACUGUAGGGUAUACCAUAAGAAGGGCCAUCUAG